AUGCAAAAAAAAAGUUUAUCAUAAAAUGGCGGCUGUAGCGGUAUCUGAAACGUAGUAAAGUUGUAGCUUAAAUUUUAAUAGAAAUUAGUAAUUACCGCUGUAAUUUGUGAAGGUUUUAGUCAAAAGAAGGUAUUAAUAUACCUCAAAUUUAUAUAACGUGAUUAUUGGAGCCUUAUAUUAACUAUGGACGGACCGCCUUCCCGAGGGUUCCGCGGCGGACGUGGAGGUCCCCCCGGUCGAGGCCGAGGAGGCUUCGAGAUGCGUGGACGUGGCGGCGGCCCAGGCAUGCGUGGUCGCGGUGGGCCCAUGGGCGGCCCGCCACGCGGUGGGCCGGGCGGCCCGCGCGGGGGCCCUCGCGGCGGCUUCCGCGGCAACGGCGGGCCCAUGCGCGGCGGCGGCGACCGCGGCGGCCGCAGCUUCCCGCCCGGCCCGCAGGGACCCGGACCGCAUCCAGUACCCACCAUCGAGACCAGGGGAACACCACCAGCAAAUAUCCACCUUGCAGGAGGAGGGUUCAACAACCGCGGCGGUCCCGGCAUGCGGGGGCGCGGCGGCCGCGGCCGGGGAGACUUCGCACCCCGCGGCGACCGCGGAGGCCGAGGCGGCAUGCCUAUGAGAGGUCGCGGCCGUGGCGGGCACGGUGGCGCUCCGUACGGCGGGAUGGGAGGCGGAGACAUGCCACCCCGCAGCCCGCCCAGCCAGGGACAGGGCCCGCCCUUCAAGAGGGGAGGUGGACCCAUGCACGGAGGGCCCAUUGGACCACCAAAACGCGGACGUUUCGAUGGUCCGCGCGGCGGCGGCGGGCGGCCCCAGCAGGGCGGCUACCACGACGCGCCGGCGCACCACAACGCUCCCGACCACAACAACGGAUACGGACCACCAGCACACAGCGGGUACCAGCCGUACGAGCAGCCGGCGCCGGAGCCCUACGCGCCGCCCGCGUACAACUCCAGUUCGUCAUAUCAGAGUAAUAACUACUCGACGCCGGCGCCUGCGCAACAAAGCUCCAACUACAACUCUAAUUACGGCAACUCUAACUAUGGGUAUUCUACAGGUGGCGGUUACGAAGACAGUUAUAAUGGCGGCGGCGGAGGCGGCGCGGGCGGCGCGGGGGACGCGGGCUACGGCGCGCCCGAGCCGGCGUACGGCGGCCCCCCACCGGCCUACGACUCCUACCAGCAGCCGCCCGCCUACUCCUCCAACUACCAACAGCAGCCGCAGUCGCAGUACAACAAUAACUAUGGCAGCUGGUGAUCUCUUUGACUAUAAAUGGAAAUACAAUUUACACCCAUAAGCAUCAGAGUUGAAAUUACAGUAAUGGCAUCAAUUUCUCAAGAAAAUAUUACUAAACAAUGAACUAUGAAAUGAUCUUUUAGCAGUUAGGAAAUAGUUCACAGAAAGUGACUACUUAAUUUUAAGUUUAUAAAAACAUGACAUUGGUCGAUUUGAUUUAUAUUUAUUGACAGCAUCACUAAGUACUGAGCAGUAUUUUACAUUAUGUAUUACUUAUGUAUUUUGUCAGUUGCACAGUUAUAUGAAAUGACUAAGAUUAUAUUUGUAAUAGUAAUAAUAUCACUCCAGUGGCUAAGUUUUAGUUAAUAUAAAAGGUGAAUACUGAAACAUUCAACAUGCGAUACAUACAUAAGUAUUAGGGUCAUGUAACAAUGGCAUCAAGCCAUUCGAUGUUUUUUAGACUAAGAACUAAUUGGUAAUAAAAUUGUAAACGAAAA